CCCCUCAUGAGAUUCAUUUCCCUGAUGGGAUCUGGGCUGUGUUUCCUGGUGGGAUUCAUUUCUUUGGGAUUCAUUCCCCUGGUGGGAUUCGGGAUGGUUCCCAAAUUUCCCUCAUGGGAUUCAUUUCCCCAAUGGGAUUUGGGAUGGUUCCCGAAUUUCUUUGAUGGGAUUCAGUUCCCUGAUGGGAUUCGGGUUGUUUUUCUGGAACUGGGAAGAUUUAGGGCUGGGAAUAUUUCAGGCUGAAAAUGGGAAUAUUUCAGGGUGGGAAUGGGAAUAUUUCAGGGUGGAAACAGGAAGAUUUGGGGUUGGAACUGGGAAUAUUUCAGGCUGGAAAUGGGAAUAUUUCAGGCUGGAACUGGGGAGAUUUGGGGCUGGAACUGGGAAUAUUUCAGUGUGGAAAUAGGAAGAUUUCAGGCUGGGAAUGGGAAUAUUUGGGGUUGGAACCGUGGAGAUUUUUCUGGAACUGGGACUAUUUCGGCUCUCUGGGCACACCCACAUCCCAGCUGAGCUUUGCUGCAGGCACAGCAUGGCUGCCACGGCCGCCGUCAGCCCCAGCGAGUACCUGCAGCCCGCCGCCGCCUCCGCGCAGGACUCGCAGCCCUCCCCGCUGGCCCUGCUGGCCGCCACAUGCAGCAAGAUCGGUCCCCCGGCCGUGGAAGCGGCCGCGGCGCCGCCGGCGCCUCCGCAGCCCGCCCCGCGCAAGCUGGUGCCCAUCAAACCCGCCCCGCUGCCCCUGGGCGCGGCCAAGGCCGGCAUCGGCAUCCUGUCCUCCAAGGGGAGCCUCUUACAGAUCCAGGGCUCCCAGCUGGGCGCCUCCCUGGCCGGCGGGCAGCUGGUUUUCGCCAUCCAGAACGCGGCCGUGCUCAACAAAACCGCGCGUUCCUCCUCGUCUUCGUCCUCCUCAUCCUCCUCCUCCAGCGUGCAGUACCAGGCGGUGCCGCAGCUGCAGCCCGGCACGGCUCAGACCAUCCAGGUGCAGCCUAACCAGAUCCAGAUCAUCCCGGGCACCAGCCAGGCCAUCCUGGCUCCCUCCUCUUCCUCCUCGCACAAGCCCGUGCCCAUCAAACCGGCCCCGGCGCAGAAAGCGGCGACGGGCGGUGGUGUGGUCAAACUGCCCGGCGGCGGCAACGUCACCCUCACCCUGCCCGUCAACAACCUGGUGAGCGCCGAGGCGGGCGGGCAGCCCCCGCUGCUGGCGGACAGCCCGUCCAAAACGGGCAAAAAACCCCGGAAAAAGGUCCCAUCGCCCAGCCAGCCCGCCGCCCUGGCCGUGGCCGAGCAGGUGGAGACGGUGCUGAUCGAGACCACGGCCGAGAACAUCAUCCAGGCCGGCAACAACCUGCUGAUCGUGCAGAGCCCCGGCGCGGGGCAGCCGGCAGUGGUGCAGCAGGUGCAGGUGGUGCAGCCCAAGCAGGAGUCGCAGGUGGUGCAGAUCCCGCAGCAGGCGCUGCGCGUGGUGCAGGCGGCCUCGGCCACGCUGCCCACCGUGCCCCAGAAAUCCUCCCAGAACUUCCAGAUCCAGGCGGCCGAGCCCACCCCCACCCAGGUGUACUUCAAGACCCCGUCGGGCGAGCUGCAGACGGUGCUGCUGCAGGACACCUCGUCCAUCCCCGUGCUGCCCCCGUCCUCCUCGUCCUCGGGGCCGUGCUGCGGCAGCCCCGGCGCGCCGCGCAGCCCCGGGCGCAGGCCGGCCCCGCGCAAGGAGCGGCCGCUGCCCAAGAUCGCCCCGGCCGGCGGCGUCCUGAGCCUGAGCGCGGCGCAGCUGGCGGCGGCCGCCCAGGCCAUGCAGACCAUCAACAUCAACGGCGUGCAGGUGCAGGGCGUGCCCGUCACCAUCACCAACAGCGCAGGCCAGCAGCAGCUGACGGUGCAGAACGUGUCCGGCAACAACGUGACCAUCAGCGGGCUGAGCCCCACGCAGAUCCAGCUGCAGAUGGAGCAGGCGCUGUCCGGGGACAUCCAGCCCGGCGAGAAGAGGAGGAGGAUGGCCUGCACCUGCCCCAACUGCAAGGACGGCGACAAGCGGCCGGGCGACCCCGGGAAGAAGAAGCACAUCUGCCACAUCCCCGAGUGCGGGCGGACGUUCCGCAAGACGUCGCUGCUGCGGGCGCACGUGCGGCUGCACACGGGCGAGCGGCCCUUCGUCUGCAACUGGGUGUUCUGCGGCAAGCGCUUCACGCGCUCCGACGAGCUGCAGCGGCACGCACGCACCCACACAGGUGACAAACGCUUCGAGUGUGCGCAGUGCCAGAAACGCUUCAUGCGCUCCGACCACCUGACCAAGCACUACAAAACCCACCUGGUCACCAAGAACUUGUAGGGCCGGCGGGGCCCGGCCCCACUGCGCGGCCGUGGGGCACCGGGGCGGCACCGGGACCGGGACCGGCAUCGGGACCGGCCCCACAGCGCGGAAAGGGGCUGGGGAGGGACCGGGUUUGGGGGUGACACACAGUCCCCCUGUGACCCACAGCUCCCCAGUGACCCCACAGGUUUGGGGGGUGCCCCACAGCCCCCCCUGUGACCCCACAGCCCCACCUGUGACCCACAGCCCCACCUGUGACCCCACAGGUUUGGGUGGUGCCCCACAGCCCCCCCACAGGCUCAUGGGGUACCCCAGAACCCCCCGGUGACCCACAGCCCCACCUGUGACCCCACAGGUUUGGGGGGUGACCCACAGCCUCCCUGUAACCCCACGGGUUUGGGGGGUGACCCACAGCCCCCCCGUGACCCCACAGGUUUGUGGGGUGCCCCACAGCCCCACCUGUGACCCACAGCCCCACCUGUGACCCACAGCCCCCCCUGUAACCCCACAGGUUUGGGGGUGACUCACAGACCCCAGUGACCCACGGGUUUGGGGGGUGCCCCACAGCCCCACCUGUGACCCCACAAGUUUGGGGGGUGACCCACAGCCCCCCCUGUGCCCCACAGGUUUGUGGGGUGACCCACAGCCCCCCCUGUGCCCCACAGCCCCCCUGUAACCCCACAGGUUUGGGGGGUGCCCCACAGCCCCCCCUGUGCCCCACAGACCCCUGUGACCCCACAGGUUUGGGGGGUGACCCACAGCCCCCCCACAGGCUCAUGGGGUACCCCAGACCCUCUCUGUGACCCCACAGAUUUAAGGGGUGCCCCUGAGACUCAUGGGGUGCCACAGGGCCCCCCUGUGACCCACAGCCCCCCCUGUGACCCCCCAGGUUUAGGGGGUACCCCCAAACCCCCCAGACCCCCCCAGGUUUAUGGGGUGCCCCAGACCCCCCCCAUGACCCCCCAGAUUUAGGGGGUACCCCAAACCCCGCAGAGCCCCCCAGGAGGAGGGGCAGGAGCACAUUCCUACUUUAUAUUUAAAGUUAUAAAUACUAUAAAUAUCUAUGACCCCUUUGGAAAAA